UCCUGCCAACUGUCAAACGUGCCUCGUACCAACAUGGAGAAGCAAAUCGUCUCGCAGCAAACUGUCAAACUCUCUUUCCGGCUAACGCCACUGUAAAACAGACGUGUUGAAACACCAUGGCUGACGAAGCAUUUGAAAACUUCGAUGAGGAGGCGACGGCACCGCAGGACAUGGACGAAGCCGCCGUCCAUGAUGACCAGGCAGCUCAGGUCUACGAAGAAGCUCCCGUAGCCCAGGCUGCUGAGCUUCCCGAAAUCAAACUGUUCGGCCGUUGGAGCAGUGAUGACAUCGAUAUUUCCGACAUUUCCGUUUCGGAUUAUAUCGCCGUGAAGGAGAAGCACGCCAAAUACCUUCCCCACUCGGCCGGUCGCUAUGAUGCCAAGCGUUUCCGCAAGGCCCAGUGCCCGAUCGUCGAGCGUCUGACCAACUCGCUGAUGAUGAAGGGUCGCAAUAACGGCAAGAAGCUGAAGGCCGUGCGCAUCGUGCGUCACGCCUUCGAGAUCAUGCAUCUGCUUACUGGUGAAAAUCCGCUACAGAUCGUGGUCCACGCCAUCAUCAAUUCGGGCCCACGCGAAGACUCCACCCGUAUCGGGCGUGCUGGUACCGUCCGUCGUCAGGCCGUAGAUGUGUCUCCCCUGCGCCGUGUCAAUCAGGCUGUCUGGUUGCUGUGCACCGGAGCUCGUGAGGCUGCAUUCCGUAACAUCAAGACGAUUGCUGAAUGUUUGGCCGACGAACUGAUCAAUGCCGCGAAGGGUUCGUCAAACUCGUACGCUAUCAAGAAGAAGGACGAGCUGGAGCGUGUCGCCAAGUCUAACCGAUAAACAUUUUCCUACACGUGUGCGUUCGUGCGUGCGUUUACCGUUUGGUUGGAAGGGAUUGGGUGUAUUUGGCUCGUGGUAUUGUUUUUUCUUCUCCCGCCUAAACAACAUACGGCGGGAAUGAAUCUAAUUGUUUCUUCCCUGAAAUCGUCAUCCAAACACUCGGAGGGAGGAAACAUGAAGGUUGGAUUAUAAAAACCCCUAGUUGCAAUAUCAUCGCAGCAUGCAUAAAAAGUGGUUUUUUUUCUUGAAAGUGUAUAUCGUGUGCUUAUAGCUAGUAAUAACGCACGGUAUCACCUUUAAAGAAAGGAGGUGUCAAUAAACAAAAACAAGAAAUCCAAAAA